UGAAGAGCCAAACCCUACCGAAGAACCGGUGCGACAAAUUCUCGAGUUUAACCCUACCGAAAACGAAAAUCAUAGACAGCAGAAUCUUGAAAAAUUCUUGAAGGAUAUAAGAACUAAGUACCUGUUAAAAAGAAUCAAAAACUUAGAAGAAUCUUUCGAGAAUGAGCAAAUUCCUCUACAAUUAGAAAACAAGUUCAGCACUCUUAAACGAAAACAGAAGAACUUGAAUUAG